UAAUUUCUCAGAACGACGUUUGCUCCGAAGAAAGGGACUGUCGUAAAAUGUGUUCCAUGUGUUUUAUGUUAAGAUAAGAUAAUAUUUUAUUGUUACAAUAAAAUGGCACGCAACAAAAUCACGUGAGUCGAUAUGAAAAUAUAAAAAAUGAUGACGAAUCGAAGUAUAAAUCAUAUUCACUUGAUGGCCCACGUAAAAUGAAAUAAGGCUGUCGUGAACGUUCACGAGAGAAAUAGAACGUGCUUCAAAUCGAAGGUGAACUACUAAAAUGUGAAAGUAGUUAGCCUUUGCCAAUCGUUCUUUGUCCUGUUUCACUCGGCUCGGUUUUAAUCGACUCAGAGCAAGCGAAUAUACCAUGAGAGGCGCCACGUUUUUCUUCGUGCUCACGAUGUUAACGAGAGCCUAUUUUCUGGCAACAGCAAGUAAGGUCACAUCAUUUAAUACACUGAGAAACAUCAGAAAUAUCUCUGAGAUGUCAAAGUUUGAUCUUCCUGCGCGUCUGAAAGGCAGUGAGAAGUCUGUAUGGGUGGAAUAUAUUCAGCUCGCGCUGCAGUACAAACCAUUGAAUUUAGGCCAGGGGUUUCCUGAUUAUUAUGCGCCCAAAAAUGUGACUAAUGCCUUGGCUGCUACUGCAAACAGCGAUAAUCCGCUUUUGCAGCAAUAUACUAGAGGAUUUGGUCAUCCAAGAUUAGUGAAUGCAAUUGCAAAACUCUAUUCCAAAGUCAUCAACCGUGACUUAAAUCCAAACCAGGAGGUAUUAGUUACCGCUGGUGCUUAUGAAGCAUUAUUUGUCACUCUGAAUGGCCACACAAAUCCUGGAGAUGAGUGGAUCGUCAUCGAACCCUUCUUCGACUGUUAUGUGCCCAUGAUACGAUCAGCUGGUGGAAUUCCUAGAUUCAUAGCACUGAAACCGAGAUCCACAACGGGCACAAUCAGCUCUAGCGACUGGAUAUUCGACAGGCAGGAGAUGGAAAGUCUCUUCAACGAGAAAACCAAAGGUAUUAUCAUCAACACGCCGCACAAUCCGGUAGGAAAGGUGUUCACUUUGGACGAGUUACAGUUUAUCGCUGAUCUCGCCAAGAAAUGGAACACUCUCGUAGUGUCGGAUGAAGUUUACGAGUGGAUCAUCUACGAGCCAUAUCGUCAUAUAAGAAUAGCGACGUUACCGGGUAUGUUCGAACGUACAAUUACGAUUGGGUCAGCGGGCAAGUCGUUCAGUGUAACGGGUUGGAAGAUAGGCUGGGCAUAUGGGCCUGCGAAUUUAAUGUUCAAUCUGCAGGUGAUGCAUCAGAACACCGUAUAUACCUGCACCACUCCAAUUCAGGAAGCGGUUGCUAUCAGCUUCGAGCUAGAGUUGGAACGUUUCGGCCAGCCAGAAUGCUACUUCAACAGUCUGGCGAAAGAACUGAUGCCAAAGCGAGACUACAUGGCGAAGUUCUUGUCGGAAGUUGGCAUGGUGCCGACGAUACCCGAAGGCGGAUAUUUCAUGAUUGCCAAUUGGACAUCGUUGGAGAACAAGACGAAGCUGAACGAAGAGACGGACGAGUACAAGGACUACAAGUUCACCAAGUGGAUGAUUAAGAACGUCGGCCUGCAAGGUAUACCACCCUCGGCGUUUUACGGUCCCGAGCACAGACAUCUGGGCGAAGACUACGUGCGAUAUUGUUUUAUCAAGAAAGACGAAAACUUGAAGGCCGCUGGCGAUAUCUUGAAGAAAUGGGCAUCUAAAUAAUUUAUUUUGUAUAUACAUAUAUAUACAAUGUACAUAUAUUAUGUAUAUUCUCGAACGCGGAUGAUUUUCCGCAUUAGUUAAAUCGGUCAAUUUGUUUACAUUGUCUCUAUCACGACGAAGGUGUAAAACAAGACACGCAAUUUUUACAUAUAUUUGUAUCUCUGUGAAUAUAUUAUAGACGGUUCUGUUA